UACCCAUUCAUAUGCAUCCGUGGUUGUGUGUGACCCAGGGUGUGAGUGAGUCUCGUGUCCCUUAGCCUGCUUUCCGGGCAAAGGAGAAGAGGAGCACAUGGCAGUAAGCCAAACCCCCAGGGUGACCUGGGGCUCUCUCACCAUGAAUCACAGCUGAAUCACAGACUUUCCUGUUUGCUGGCUGCUGGCCUGGUGAGUAAUGGCCAGAGAGGGCCACUUUGAAACUCACCAAGCAUCCAGCUCUCACUGGCUAUCUCGCUUGCCCUCUCUCUUUCUCUCUCUCUCUCUCUCUCUCUCUCUCUCAGUGGGCCUUCUGGGCAGUCUCAGUGAUCCACGCCAAACACUAGCACCCUCUGUCUGCAGCCCUCUGACAGAAACCAGACUGAUAAGGCCUAGAAAGAGAGAGAGAGAGAGAUGGAAAGCAGAUGCUGGAAGAAAGGGUCAGGAUGACGCGUCCUUACGUGUGUCUGCAGCACUCAGAGGAGAGGGGUUGGAGAAUCGGCUCACCAGCAGAAACCGACAAAAGAGAGGGGGGACGCUGCCCCCACGGCCAGUAUGUGUUUCUGACACACUCUGCAUCUGCCUCACCAAGCCCUCACCGGGGAAACCUCGACAGGCAGCCAGUGAGGCACCGUCAGGGGACCACGAGCCUCACUUCUGCGUGGCAGUUGUUUUCUCCUCCAUUCCAUCCAGAGGUGAACCACCAGAGUCCCCGCCCCCCUCCCCCCAUAUACUGACAGCCGUCCACUUCCUGGGCCGGAUGCCGCACCACGUCACCCAGUUGCCUAGAGCUGGAAAGUACGCCUGACGUCACGGGGCAAUGACAGGAAGUCCCAGCGGUGGCAACCGGAACGCACAGGAGAAGAUAGCAGUUUUUUUUAUUCCCUGGAAGGUGGUAGGUGUUGCUGCUGGGGCAGCAGAAGGGUUCUGGGUUCUGCAAAGUGACACAUUGGGCACAGAACAGCAAAGACCGGGGAGGACCAGCACUCACAGAAGAGCUUCCCCUAUGCUGUGGAUGUAAAACAUGCACAUCAGCAUGUCCUACUCACCUUGAGCACAGGAUUGGGGCAUUUUAACCUAACUUCAGGAAGGAAUCAGAAACAGGUUGAUAUUUUAAAGCCACACCUUGGAGUGGAGAAGAUACGCAGCGGCAUCACUGAACUGACGUGGCCCCCUACCUCUGGCAAGCUCGGGAGGGGAAUGGGCUGAGCAGCCAUGGUGGUGACACAGCUGGAGCUGGAGUUACGCUACCGGGGCCGUAAGCUGCGGGGCUUCACCUGCAGGCUGACGCGCUCUGCCCAUGGCGAACUGCCCGAGGGAGCCUGGCCCAUCGCCGCCCAGGUGCUGCUGCCCUACCUGCUUGGGGGGCUGGGAGUGGUAGCGGCCGGUCUCCUCAUGGACGUCGUGCAAAACUGGGAGGUGUUUCAGAAGAUCACGGGGGUGUUCAUCUUGGUACCAGCCCUGGUAGGCUUGAAAGGAAAUUUGGAGAUGACACUGGCUUCCCGACUCUCCACAGCAGCAAACACUGGCCAGCUGGAUGACCCCAGACAGCAGUGGGUGAUGGUGUGCAGUAACCUGGCACUCAUCCAGGUCCAGGCCACCGUGGUUGGUUUCCUUGCUGCCCUGGCUGCACUGGCUCUGGGGGCUAUAGUGUCCCGGGGAGGGGUGGAGCUGGACCAGGCGGCCGUGCUGUGUGCUAGCAGCGUGACCACUGCCUUUGUGGCAGCGCUGUUUCUGGGCCUUGUAAUGGUAGGGGUGAUUAUUGGCUCCAGGAAAGUGGGCAUCAACCCGGACAAUGUGGCCACUCCUAUUGCUGCCAGCCUGGGUGACCUCAUCACACUGUCUCUGCUGGCUGGGGUCAGCAGUACUCUCUUCGAAUACAGAGAGGUGUGGUACCUGUCCCCUCUGGUGUGUGGGCUGUUCCUGCUCCUCAUCCCAGUCUGGGUGGUGAUUGCCCGCCGCAGCCCACCAAUCCGGGAGGUGCUGAAGUCAGGAUGGCAGCCGGUCAUCGUAGCGAUGUCUAUCAGCAGCAUCGGAGGCCUAAUCCUGGACAAUACAGUGAGUGACUUUGGAUGCAUGGCUGUCUUCACACCUAUCAUCAAUGGUGUUGGGGGCAACCUAGUGGCAAUCCAGGCCAGUCGCAUCUCAACAUACUUGCAUUUCUGGAGUGUCCCGGGAGUCCUGCCCUACAAGAUGCGGCAGCACUGGCCCAACCCUUGUGUCACCUUCUUCAACGGAGGUAUCAAUUCCAAAUCAGCCAGGGUGCUGUUCCUGCUGGUAGUGCCCGGCCACCUGGUGUUCCUGUAUGCCAUCUACCUUCUGCAGGGUUGCCGCACUGUCAUCACGGCCACCUUUGCCUGCUUCUACUUGUGUGCUGCUCUGCUUCAGGUGGGGAUCCUUCUCUAUGUGGCAGACCUAAUUGUGCGCUUCAUGUGGCGGCGUGGUCUGGACCCAGACAACUUCUCCAUCCCGUACCUGACGGCACUGGGGGACCUGCUAGGCACGGGCCUCCUGGCACUGUGUUUCCACUCCGUCACACUGCUCCAGGAGGUGGGGCUGUGAGGGGGCACACAAGGUUAGCUUGUCCCCACCUCUGAGGCUCACAGUGACAACCAGCGGAUCUGUGGUAUGGGGUUCCGAAGAGAUGGGAGAGACAGCGCUACCAGCCAAGAUGGUAGAUGACCAUCAUCUCAAACCAGCUUAUGCUGCCUUUACCACCAAGUAAAAAACACCUGUGCAGCUAGAGUCAUGUGUUUGUGUUGCCACUUUCUGUGAUGGGGUGGCAUCAGUGUGGGGCCUUUUAUUAUUCAUUUAUGAGUGUUUUUUAUCUUUUAUUUUGUAACUGCCUAACAAGAGAAAGUUGCUUCUUCAAUGCCCAUUGUGGAGUUUUUGGACAGUCAGCUCCAGGACCCACUGUAAAGUUCCCUGAAUGUUAUCUCCUAGUUCCACAAGAAGAACCCUCCUGAAGGCCGUGUCCCUCUGUAUGUUUCAUGCUGUGUUAUGUUUCAGAGGGUUCCUGUAGCUUCUACUCACCUGUCCAAUGUCAGCCCUGUCUCCAGGAUGAGCCACAAGAAAAAAACAUGACCCAGAAGGACAUAACUGAUGGAAGGGGGCUUUGCACAGAACCAUGCUGUGUAAAAAGCUCCAGGGCUUUUGACAGUUUGCACUUAUCACUGAAUAUUAGUGUAACAUUUGGUACUUAUUGCACUAAUAUACACGAAGGCUUCUCCCAGCAGAAGCUUGUCAGUCAUUUAACGAUGCUUUUCCGUUUCUUAUUUAUUUUACAGUUGUGUGUUGUAUUUAUUUUUUAAUGUCCUUUCAGUGGAAAUUGCUUAGUCAUCAGUACUUUAGCUUAAUAGUUAUAAGGACUUUGCCUGUCUAAGCCUUCCUCACAUAGAGCUUGCCUGCUCAUCUGAAAAGCACAGAAGAACGUCCAGUGGUCAUCCAGGGCUGAAAUUACCAAGCAUAACUCCGGUCAUCUUGCUACUGGAUUUGUGAUCAGAAAGUUGUUGUGUCCGAUCCCAGGGGGAACAGCAUUUCAUUUAGGAAAAACCCAGCUGUGCAGCUGCCUAACUGCAGAUUUGAUUUGGACUGAAGCAACUGUCCGUGGUUCCCUGGCAGCUCUAUGUGUGUGUGUGUGUGUGUGUGUGUGUGUGUGUGUGUGUGUGUGUGUGUGUGUGUGUGUGUGUGUGUGUGUGUGUGUGUGUGUGUGUGUGCGCGGACCUUCCAGCUCUCCUUAAAUUGCUGACAAACCUCAGUAGAGAGACAGAAAUUAAAUUAUUAAUUAGUUCAAAUUUAGUGCUUUAGGUCUACAACAUAACUGCACAUAGAACCAUUCUGCCAGGACUUGGUUUAGGGACACAUGAAUUGAAGUUUCUGCUGCUGAAGUAAUUUAAGUAGAUAAGGUGUUUUUUUUUCUACCUCACCUGUCACACUAUCAUUGUAUUUGCUAAACAUCUCUCUGUGUGCAUUGGAUUUCUAUGAAGAGAGAGUGUGCAGGAGAAUUAGCAGUGGACUGUUUUAUUACCUUUUCUAAUUUGACUGUGGUGUUUGUCUGAGUAACCUUUAAUUCGCAUCUUUCGCAAUUUGUUUCUGUAUUUGUUCAUUGGAAUAAAGCUUGAGGAGGAUACAAGGAAAAUA